GUUACAACUAUGUUACACAAUUUGCAAAAAAUUUUGCACAAACACAUACAUACACACAAUCCUAUGUAUGUAUUUAUUAUUCAAUUGUAUACUCCUCCUCACCUGGUUGAGUGGCAGUUCUUUAUAAAAAAAAUUGAAAAAUAGUUAAAAAUUUUGACGGUUCUUCAUAAAAAAUAUUUAACAUAAAAAUGGAUCUCAAACCGUUACAAAUGGACCCCUUAGAAAUCAAGCCGUUCGUCCAAGUUGGCGAGGCAGACGUGCCAAAAUUAUUACCAAUUCUGCAAAAAAGAUUGCCAUACUCGGUCUUUGCAUACAAUUCGGUCUUGAUGUAUCCCCGAUUCCGGGACCGGAUGUCGUUCUACACACUGCACGGAGAAAUUACUGAAACCACGUGGAUCGUUUCGGUCGUCGUGGCCGAAGACUACGGUUUGGACUACACGAUUUCCGCCUGUCAAGAAAAGUUAUCUCGGGACGAGGCCAUCCAAAUCUUGAGCGAUUGUCCCCUCUUCAAGUGGGGGGAACCGCAUCUGAUCACCCCGCUGGAGGCGUGGUUGACGUCGAUCGUGUUCGAGGUCAGCGUUAACAAAAAAGGCAACGUGGUAGAAUUCCACCCAGCCAGAAUUUUCUGGAUGGAUGUCCAGGACGCUGAGAACAUCGAAAUUUUGGGACCGGAAGACGAGCCUUCCCUCCGCAUUCAGUCAUUAGACGUUGACAAAGGCGUCGCUUUUAUGACUUCCACCUGGAAAUUCGCCAAGCCCGGGACGGCUGUAAACAUGACCCGAAAUAUUUCCAGAAAUGAGUCCGGCGCCGUUUACAUCGGUGGAGAACCCGUUUGCGCCACAAUGACGAUGGCCUUCGGAAUGGUGUCGGCCCUCCACACUUUACCCGAACAUAGGCAAAAGGGUUAUGCAAAUUUAGCCAUGAAAUUUGUGUUUAAAGAGCUUGCAAAAAAUGGCAUCAUCCCAGCCACCGGGGUCGACAUAAAGAACGCCGGGUCCAUCGCGUUCCAUCAAAAAUUAGGGUGCAAAAUGACCCAAGGACUCGUUCAUUAUGUGAUUUGUCAUCAGAGCGAAUUUUGACACAUUGCGAAAUAAUUUUGGAAGAAAAAUGUAACAAAAUUUAAUACAAAAUUUCCAAAAUUUUAGAUCUAGAAUUCGCGCAAGUGUUUUUGAAACUGAAAUAAAUUAAAAAAUCUAUUUGUUCUUCUACCAUAAA